AUGCAAAACCAACGGCAACAGCUGCACAAUACCCACCAUGUGCAAAGGUUCUACGGUGGAGACCACCAAUCACCCUCGCUAAUGAGGAUAGAAAGUGCAAUGGAUUACCUGGAGCGCAACAGACAAGCGAUAAUGGCAUCUCGAGGAUAUCUUCUCUUUACCCGUCAGCAAGAAGAUGACGAGUUUAAUCGUGUAACGAAUGAACUCCAAACAGAGAGCAAUGACUUGCGAAGACAAUGGUGGCAAAUUCCGCGAGAGAUGCGGUUGAAAAUGCAUCCAAACCCUACUCCUAUCCGGCUUUCACCUCUUCAACCCGCACCCCAAAUUCAAUGUGAAGUGCCUAUGGCAAAAGGCAUAAAGGGCUUUGAAGUUUCAGAAAACCUUCAUCGACAAAACUUCGCACACCCACAAAACAGACAAUCGCCGCAACAACCUUCGCACACCCCGGUGUCUCAACCGCUAUCGAGCCAGAAUCCUUCUCCUACUAACAGCGCGGAGAACUCUUCGAACUUGUCGAAUUUAGAACCAAACGAUACUAAGUGCGAUCGGACUCGUCCUGAUACCAAUAAAUAUGGGGUUCCAGCGGGUAGGGAUGACGGUGGACGCCCUUUUUGGAUGCGCAAUUCCGAUCGAAAGCUAGUUCACCUUAUUUGCCCCGUUUCCGAAUGCGGAAAACAAGACUUUCAAACCUUGCACGGAUUUGUCUGUCACCUCGCGUCCAAACACAAACACAAAUACAGGAAAACCCCAGACCGCUCCAAGGUUUUGGACACGUUUGGAGUUGUCUUUGAUCAAACCACGGUGGAUUCGGCAGGGGUAAGCCGCAAUUACGAGUCCGCACAUUCGGAAUCAACUUUGGAGACAUCUAGUCGAAAGCAAGAUAUGUUGACAUUUGUCGGAAGUGAAGAGCGCUAUUUUGAGGGGGAGUCCCGUCUGGCUGAAUCUGACAUCGGAACAGUAGUGGAAGCUGGGAGCCCUAGCAAGCAUUCCCUGCCGGCUGCCUCUGUGUUGUCGAUCGGAUCAAUCACUGACUAG